AUGGAGGGUAUUCAAAUGACCAGCACAGCCAAUGCGGCUAUUCCAGCGUCUCAAACGGUGUUACCAAUGUUCAUCACCCAACUCACGGAUCAAAUCGACUUUGCGCCGACCGCGCCUGGCAAGAAAAUCCCUCUACGAUCUUGGGAACGUCAACCAUCCACCCCAUUCUUAGCACGGCACAAAUCGCGCAAAAUUUGGAAGCGGUUCAGAAAGAGCAUGGAGGCGAUUCGCUCGCGCACGGCGCCGUCUACUGCAACCAGUCAAAUUGAGGAGAGUGACUUUGCGAAUGAAAUCAGUCAGUCGGCAAAUGCGGCGUAUCUUCGUGCAGUAAAACGUCAACGGGUAUUAGCACAUAUGCAGACGGAGCGGGGUGGUUCGUUCUUGGAGACCAAAUGGGAGUUGGAGAUUGGAAAAAGAAAGCGCAAACUCGUCGGUCGUCCUGAAGAUCAACAAUUGGUCGCGAAUGGCCAGGAAGAUGAAAAUGAGGCGGAUGGCGAUAAUCUGGCACAAUCAUUGGACGAAUUCUCGCAACCUGUUGGCCUGACCGCAGCGGCCGACGCGGAGGAGAAUAACACGUCUGAUGAUGAUGAUACCGACCGAAGUGCUGUUAUUUCUGAGAUUGUUGAUCUGGCGAUAGAUGCGCAAGGUGGUCAGGUUUCAGCAGAAGUACGAGAACUUAUUGCAAAGCAGGAACCAAGUCUAGUGCGAUCGGCUCUGCGUAUGAACUCUUUGGACGGCGAAGACGUGGCACUGUUGAGUGAAUUCUUAUCGCGGGCUCAAGCAAAACGAGCAGCGAACGCCGUAAUGGCAUCAUGUGAAGAGAGUGAGGCUCGUCAAAAGAUGGAAGUAAGCUCGCCAGCGGUACAGUCGCGCCGAGCUCUUGAGGAGCUGGAUGUCAACUCGCCGUCUAUUCAGAAACCAGUAAUCUUGACUCCCGUCAAAACCGAGAAACUACCAGAAUCUCCCGAUGCAUCAGAACCGACGAAUGAUGAUACUAGAGACUUUACGUCGUCGCCAACAGUUGCAUGUCGCCGUAGCACUCGCACGAAACCUACUACCCAGCAAACACGUAGUCUACGACCAGCAGUACCAAAUCAGAUUCCAGUACGACGUGCGAACGGGACGGAGUUUGUCUUUUUACAACGAACAGAAGCUCAAGAACUGGCGCUUACAACCCGCAAAAACACGCGCCGUAAUAAGGGUAAUGCGCUGCUUCCGAGAUAUUUGCUGCAGGCUAUACUUAAGCACGAGCGAAAGGACGGAACAAUGCAACCGUUUGCCCAGCUUGAAGAAAAGGAUACAUCUCGGCAGUCGCCUCGCAAGAGGUCUUCCAAACCCAAACAAGUGUGCUGGAAAGAAGAUAAACUGGUUGAAUAUGCACCGGAGAAAAUCUCGGUGUCAAUUGAGUCUCCUUCUCCCAGCAAGAAGAAAAGCAGUUCGUCUCGACGUGAGGGAAGCAAGUCGACAGCAGCCACAACGCAAGCUCUACCAGCAACACCAAGCAAGAAGGUGCGCAGGAUCAAUCUGCCAGCUUCUAGUAGCGACGACACAAGCGCGCGAGCUUUCAAGCCCAUGCCGGCUGGCACUCCGAUUCCGAAACGUAAGAAGCUCACUCCAAGGUUGAAGAGUACUUCCGAGUCAUCGUCUAGUCGUUCAUCUAGAGAUACUGUCCCUGCUGCAGCGCCAACCACAAAGACAGCUACGAAGCAGGCCCCAAGCAGUCAACAAUCUCUGCCCAAGAUCAGCGGCAUCCCAAGAAGCAAAACGCUCAUCAAACCCCCCGUAUCUUCAACACCAGCAACAUCUGCGGCAGGAGCGACACCAAUAGUAAAACGAGUGCGAGCCAGGAGGGCGGCAGUAUGAGUCUGAUUUUGUUUGUUUAAUUUCUUAUUGACUGUAGUCCUGAUCAGCAAGUUUAGUACAGUACUAUUGAUUGUUGAUACCCCCCGAUGUUGAGUUUUGUUAUUCUUGUAUGUGUUUAGCAUGAUAAUUCU